AUGUAUUGCAACUCCAAAGGUGCUCUGACAGCUCAGCUGAAGUCUUGGUGGUACCCUCCUCCUACCCCCGCACCCAAUACUAAUGCAGUUCCCUGUCCAGAGGACUAUUUCCUGCGACGCCUUUCUCUGUGGAUGCCCAAGUGGAUGUGGGGUGUGGACCUCAAGUGUCCACGAUGCACUGAUCCUCAACGAUCGUUAAUGUCCAAGGGGUUGUGUAUCAGGGUGAGAAUGGUCCUAGACAUUAAAGAUUUCUAUUAUCUGGCGGCGGAAUAUCAUUCUUGCAAAGGAUGCAACGGCACAUACAUUGCAUGGGACCGGAGACUUCUUCAACAGCUGCCAGUUGAUGUUGUGUCGUGUUUCCCUAUGGUACUUACAUACAAAUACGCAUGUGAUGCAUCAGUGGUUUCCAUGCUACGGGCACAUUCACUGGGGAACACUUCCACAGCACUUCAAAAAAAGAUCAAGGAAUUGCACAGCGAAGAUUGGAUGAGAAAGACCAUCUCAUACUUGGCAAAUUGCAAGCGCCACAAGGUGACCCAUGCACAGUUCAACAUGCCACCAGUUCAUUACCCGCAAGAGAAGCCAAUGAAACUUAUUUCAAGUGCUAAAUUGUUCGUGGCGUGUUAUGUACGUGACGUCCAUAGCCGACUUGACCUCCUUAAGGCGGCAGCAACGUCCGUUUAUGGCAAGAUUUUAAAAAUUGAUUCAACAAAGAAAAUUACCAGGAAGCUGCAGGGUGUUGAGGCAGAAAGUGCUGACUGGGAGACCAAUUCCAUUCUUUGUUUAGUAGUUGGCCCAGCCUGGAAGUUCGCCUUGAUAUCUUCCAUUUUAUGA